AGUUGCAGAAGAUAUGUAUGGGUGCCUAAUUUAUUUCAUCGUCCAUAUUUUUUCAUCAAAUUUUUAUCUGCGAUUUAAAUUUAUAGAUAUGAUAUUGAUAUGAAAAUUAUGAAUCUCUGACUAGUCCUUCGGACAACGAUUGCUUAUACGUGCAGUCACAGUCCUCUGUUUCCACAUUCUAGCCUUAUUCGCGUUAAUUAAUUGUAAGCAUAAACAAGAUAUCAUAAUUUCUACGCGAGAAUGAUGGAAAAUAUUUGGAUUAAAUUCGUUCUCGUCGUUCAAGUGCUUGUGGGUCGUUCGGCAUGCAAUUCUGUCAAUCCAAACCUGGGUUUACCACCAGUAUAUGUAGGACCGAAUAGCAAUGGCGAACCAUCUAACGAAUCAUUAUCGGAAGAAACAAAAUCAUCAAAUACAGACUACGAUAUUGCCCGAGUUCUACAUCCUAGACAUUGGACCAGCAUUCACACGCAAACAAGUAAUUUACUUAUAAAGAGGAAUGCCGAAUAUUUUGAAGAACUGAUUACAAAUAACGUUAUCGUGGACAAGAGUUUAUUAAUAAAGCAUAUAUUUGAGGAUUCAGAAUCGGAUCAUUUGUUAAUUACUGGACCACGAAAAUGGGGAAAAUCCACUAAUUUGAAAAUGAUUCAUACGUUCGCCGAAAAACUCGACAAAAAUGGAGAAGUUAUGGUACCUGAAAACACUCUAGCGUACAAUUACUUCAAAAAAGGUAAAUGCCUGGAAAGACAUUAUUAUUAUGGACAAGACGUGAAUAUGAUGAUUGACAUGACAGAACCACCUCUUAUAUCUGAAUAUCAAACCGUUCUCAAGUACCAUUUAUUGAAAUAUUCCGUAAUUCAUUUAGAUUUCACGAUGGAUAUACCAUUCACAUUUCAGGAGUUUCUUAAACUUUUUCGAGGAAACAUCAUCACCACUUUUAAAGAGAAACAAUAUUUACGUGAAAAAUUGCGUGACAUUAAUACCGAAGAAACCGCUGAAAUGUUGACAAAAUUUAAUCGCAUUGUAGAUACAUUUCAGCAUGCUCCCGAUAACCAACUUUUGAUCGAAAGCGUGGAAUUACUCUGCACAUGUAUUCGUACCUGUUACCCAGAAUUACCCAUACUUAUUUUGGUAGAUGAAUACGAUAUUAUUUUCAACGAAAUCUUCUUUUCCGGUGAUGUUGAUCAUAACGACCCCGAAGUGAAACUGAUGAUUAAAUUUUUCAAAGACUUCACGAGCAAUUCAUUUCGGAGCUACGAAAAUUCCGCAUACCAGUAUUCCAAAGUUAUAUUAACGGGAAUUUGCAAACUGAUUAACGCGGAUUUAUUCGCAAGUUUGAGUAAUUUUGAAGAGUGGAGUAUGUUUGAAGAACCUAAUAUUUAUCCUUUUUACGGAUUUACAGCUAAUGAAGUCGAUAUCUUACUCGAUAAGAGAGGAAGGUUAGCGGACAAAGAAAGAGUGCAUGCUUUAUAUGCCGGAUACCGUCCUAUCACACACCCAGAUCGUCCAUCAUUUAAUCCAAUUUCGAUGAUUUGUUACUUGAAUGCGAAAGAAUUGGGAACAUAUUGGAUCAAAACAGGGGCCAAACUCAGUGCCGAGUUACCAAAAUUGUUCAAAAGUUUUCAAAUAAGACUCGCCUUCCAGCCGUUUUUAACAGACGUCAAGAUUCUUCGCGUUUCCAAAAAAGCAAUUAGCCCUUCGUUAGACGAAUUAAAAGAAAUAUCUGAUUUAAGACGCGCAGAUAAAAUAAUAAAACCACUCUCUGAUUCAACAAUUGAAUGGGCCAUCGGCGUAUUACUUUCUAUCGGAUAUCUCAGCCUCAGUGAACGUCAGCCCACAUAUCAAAAAUCUUUCCAAAAUGAUGGAGAGGGUGCCCAUUAUCGUGAGUACAUCUAUGUCACAAUCCCGGAUCGAGAGAUUGGGGAGGAUUUCGUUGACGAACUCCAUAAGUACUGUUACCAUUUACAAAAUCGCUAUUCGUCUCCAUUCGACAACGCGACGGUCGCAUUUCGAGAUUAUUUUUAUUCCGACAAUGAUUAUUAUCAAUUUCUUCAACUCAAAACAUCUCUGAAACAAUUGUUUAGCACAGAAGGAUUGUACGAAAAUGUGGUAAAUGAUUUCAAGCAGUUGUUUGACCAAAAAAAUGGAAUACCCGAAGAGCAAGUAGACCUAGGGUUUUCAUCGAAUAACGAGGCUGCCACACAUUAUAUAAUCUUCGAAACAUUAUUGAACUGGAGACGAGAGAAUCCAGCCAUAAGCCUAGGGACCGAAUGUUCAUUCGAUUAUACAUCUCCUGUAAUUCGAACCAAUAAAUAUCGAAUUGAUACGAUUAUAUGGCAUCGCGACACAGUUCUGAUUAUAGAAACGAAAGAGGAUAAAACGGAAACCCUCGAUGACAUUUUAAGUCGAGCUCGUAAUUAUCUGCUCCUAUUCGCCGAGCGAAAAUUCGAAGUUUAUAAACUCAUUGGUAUGGACGUGCUCGAUAAUGGAGAUGGCGGCGUCCCUAUCAUAAAGCUGAAACAAGAAAUUUUGGGCCAAAAAAAUGUACAGGCAUUUUACAACGAAUUCAAAGAAAUGGAGGAAGCGGCGAUAAAACUAAACGCGCAAGAUAACAACAUAACCGACGAAAAAGAAAUUAAGACGGCUUGGAGACAGCUUGAGGCGAGAAAAGCGAAACAACUCAUUGAAAAAGUUAGAAAUAAGAUGCCCAAGUCCGAUCUGUUGGUACCACCAAAUUUUGAAAAUGAACUUCUUCCUAAUUUACGCUGUGAUCCAAUGACAUGGUCAAUCGAAAACGUCGAUUCAUUUUUUGCCUUCUGUAAACAGCAGUUCAAACUAACAUCAGUCAAGAAAUUCCCCUGCAGCGGAGAAAUGCUAGUUGCACAGGACCAGAAACUAUUUGAAACAAUGUGCCAGGAAGGUGGUGGUCUUCAUGUAUUUAAUGCAUUACAAUACAUCUUGAAAAAGUACUCGACUGAUUAAACACAAGAUAAGUCAUUGCUGUCUGCAGCUGUUACUCACGAGCCAACAAAACGCUCACCAUAGGAAAACCAAAUCCGUUUAUCCUCAAAUUUUUAUUGCAAACUCUGGACAAGCUUGAAAAUUACGCAAAUAUUAUCGAAUGGAGACACGAUUCGGGAAAACAUAGCUUUAAAAUCAAAAGCACACUGAUGAAUUCAGUAAAAGUUGGACUAGAAAAUCAUAAGUUCAAAAAGUGAUGACGAAAACAUUAAAGAUAAACUUGAAAAGUUUUCCUCAGUUGGUCCGUACCAUACAUUUGCAACCUAGUAGAGAAAAAAAUAUCGGGUACUCCCAAUAGUUACCUAUUUACUUUGAAGUGCUCCUUAUUGAUAUUUGAUAGUAUAUUUUUUUAGGCUUGGGGUUCAGGUUCUUAUUUAUCAGAUUGGGGUUCUAGGUUUCAGACUUGGGCUCAGGUUUGGGCUCGGUUCAGACCACCAGCCCUAAAAAAAAUUUUCAAAUCGAAGUUCUUCCUCUCUAUGAAAAAAUAGGUAAAUCCCCUUCAAGUUGAAACUGACCUAAUCCAAUAAUAACCAUGUAUCUGAAAGAAGGGGAUGUCAAGGGGGUCCUCAAAGUAGGGUCCCUUCAGAAAAAAAAGGGUGAUUUUUUUACCAUUGACACUUCCAUAAUCAGAUACUGGAAUUAGCGCACUCGCGCAGUGCAUGCUUAUAAGGUGCAAUUUCAGUUUCUUCCUGAGAUCUCAUGCUUAAUUUUUCAACAGUCUAACAAAAUGUCGGAAAGUCAUCGAACUUUUGCAACGCAUCGAUUUCCAAUUCAAUUAGUUUUAUUUUUGUUUUUUUUUUUAAAUUAAUUUUUAGUAAAGUCUUUUUCAUUUUGAGAAUUUGAAAAAAUACGUAGGUAUCUACUUUUUUAUUUCUUAAAAUAAAUAAAAUUGAUUCCAG